AGUACAAAAAGUUAUUGCAUUCGCAUUAUGUAUUGUGUAUAUUUUUGAAAAUCAAAAAAUUUAGCAAUAAGCAAAAAUAAAUUCUACCUCCUUGAUAUUGUUUUCAUCAAAAUUAUAUACAUAGAAUGGGAUUUGAUUGUGAUCUAGUCGUGGGUACCUAUAACUCAUCUAUUAUUUGCCAUAUAUGUUUGGAUGUUAUAGAGGAUCCCUUAGAAUGCAGACCAUGUUUGCACACUUUCUGUGCUGCUUGUGCUGAUGCCUGGUUUUCCAACAAUAACGUUUGUCCUGUAGAUCGAUCCAUUGUGACCACCAGAAAACCUUCUGUUGGCAUUAUUUCUAAGUUACUUUUGCGUACCCAAACUAAAUGUGAAUUUCACAAUUAUGGUUGCAAAGAGGAAAUGUUCUUAAUUGAAUUCAAAGAUCACAUCGAGAACUGUUCAUUUCAGCCUGAAAAGGAGUAUAUAUGUUCCAAGGGUUGCGGCUGCGAAGUGAAAAGAAAAGACGAACAAACACAUGAUUGUGUUAUGCAUUUGUCAAAAUUAAUAAUAAAACAUCAGAAUAAGCUGCGUACAGAAAGUGACGGUAUUGAGUAUUGUGAACAAGGCCUAGAAUACUUAAGCACUAAAUGGCAUUCCAUGUGUGAUUUAAUAUAUAUAAAUUGCCACAUAGACCUAAGACCAAAAGAGACUUGUAGUAAAUAUUCAAGAGUAACAAGAACAAAAUUAAUUAAUUGGGGUGCAUCUCUUCCAUUAGCCACUGUAGAAAGUUGGAAAAAAAUUUGCACCAGACCUGAAGGUAUACUUAUAGAGAAGUUGAAGGAUGCCUUAAUUGCUUGUCAGUGUCCCUUGCAGUUUAUGGAAAGAUUUUUAAGGAAUGCCACUGAAUGCUAUUGGCCUUUUGGUAUAGUUGGAAAAUACCAAAGGUGCACGCGGUUGUGAUGUUAUUUGAUCAAAACCAACAUGUGUCUUAUGAUUUUAAAGUUUAUCCUGGUUUGAUAUUUAUAUGCUUAAAUGAAGAAAACGAA